AUGGUACAGGUUCGUGCCCACAUCUUCCUGCAGAGUGUCAAUGUGAUCCGAAACAUGGACUACUUGGCACGCUGCAUCAAGACCGAGGUGCAGCGCUUAUCCUCGGAGUCGAAGGCGCGGAAGGCACAGCUUCCCAGACGCCUGGCGGCCAGUGGGCUGCAACUGCUGCUCGCUCUCCUCCCACACAGCUCCCCCCUGUGGCAAGAAGAGGCCCUUCAAGGGGAGCCCUGCCACGAGCUGGCCUCGGUGAUCUUCGCCCGCCGCGCCCUGCGCGGCGUGGCACACGAGGGCGGUCCUGCGGCGCUGCUCUCGCGGAGCUAUGAGGACUCCAGGAAGCGGCUCUGGCUGCUCUUCCGGAUGGUGCACCUGAGUUCAGCCAUCCCAACGGAAGUCCAAGGCAAGUUGUCGGCCUUGAUGGACAGCUACCUACGACCAGUCCUGGUGGAGAGACGGCUGCCCACGGGCUACUGCCAAGCUCUAGAUCGGGGACUCAACACUCAGGCAGCCAUGCUGGAGGAUGAAGAGCCAGAGCAAGAAACAGCCAUACAUCCUCCGCUCUUCCGAACCGCCCGAACCCACGCGUCCAUUGGUGGCGCGUGGUGGCGCGUUCUUCGCGCCGAGCCGGGGCGGAUGCAGGACACCUUCUCCUUCGUGGCGUCCACGGCCUCGCAGUCGAAGGUGUCCAAUUCCUCGGGGCAUCGCCUGGGCAGCGACACCUCCAAGGCGGUGAGGCGACUCUUUGCCACGCGAGGGGACCUUCUACAGGUCUUAAAGCGGCUGCCACCACAGGCGCUGGUGUCCCAAGCAGGAUGCAGCACUCAGAUCGAGGGCAUUUUGCGAGGUAUUUGCACCUCUGUGGUGGUCGGAGUCUCUCCGGAGCUUGUUCAUCAAGGCCCCGGCAGCCCCAUGCUGGUUGGCCUUGGUGUCGGCUACAGGUACGGCAAGGGAUAUGUAGGACUUCCCUCGGGCCAGAGCACCUUGGAGCUUUCCGUGGCGGUGCCCACGCCUGGAGGCUGGGAGGAGCUCUCGCUGCCGUUCCCGCAGCUGGCGGACACCGAGCCCUCCUCGCUGGAUGCGCUGCAGGCCUGGAGCGACCUGAGCGCUGCCCUGCCGCUGCGCUUCAACGACGCCGCGCUGCGGGUGCGACGGCGGAACCUGAAGAAGGCCAAGGAGAACGGACCGCAGAACGACCGGAUGAACCGGCGGGAGAGACACGGGAGAGAUCGCGACACACUUGCUGGGGCAGAGAGACACAAGGGCAUCCAGCUUUGGAGAGCAACAGGGGACGUUCCAGGAGGCAAAGUGGGUAUUUGA